CCCCGGGAGACGGGGGCGGGGCAAACCUGCUGACGCCAGACUUAAGCAGACAGGAACGGAACCCCUUUUUGCCCCUUUGACUUUAGACAUGCACCAUCUCAGUUUACUUCACAUAAAAUCUUUGGUAAAACUUGAACAUACGCCUUUUUAUAAAGUUGCUAAGAUUUUUUUUGGCAUAUUUUCGGUCGAAAGUUAAUGUCGUAACCUAGCUUAUUUAUUGUUGUCGUUUCUUGCCUGAAUGUACUUUUUUUGCAUGAUAAUAAACUGAAGCUGGAGUCAGCUCCCAAUUCGCCACCUUCUUGUCCGAAUUUUCUCGAUCCACCUGAAAUGGUGCAGCAGUUGCAAGGUGCCACGAUGUAACUGGUGCGCUAUUAAAUGUGGAACUGGACUCGUCGAACAAGAAGCUGGUUAAUAGUUUGGUUAACAGUUUCAGACUCGUGUAUGGACGGACAAGGGAAAAUGCAUUUUGAGAAGGUCUCGCAGUAGCUAAAUUAUUCUCAAGAGUCCAUCCCAAACUCGGUGUGAUGUCACUCCUACACCCUGCCGAGGCUACCGCGGUGUCUGCUGCUCCCGAAGGCGAACCGUUUGUCACUUGCUUCUCAUAAAGUCACAUCGAUCUGUUACACAGAUCCUAUGGAUCCUCGCGGGAGCGUGACGGUGGUGCUGACAGGCAUUUCACAGAGUUAAGCAAGGUGACAAAAGCAGAGGAAAGCGCGACCUGUUUGGGACAGAAUGCUGCGGAAGGAGGCGCCUCGGUGCUACCAGGAGUUCAGUGAUGAGGACUGUGGAAGAGCAUCUGUAUCUCACCAGCACAAUACAGAUGCUGCCCAGGAUCAAGAUGAAGCCAGCUGUGAUGCCACAUCAGAUGAUGUCAUGGACAAUAAUCAAAUAUCAACUGCCUUCAACAAAGCUUGUGUGAAGAACGUCUUCACAGUCAUCCUUGUUUUCAGCUACCUUCUGCUAAGUGCGGUGGCUGCAUUUUUGGCCUACCAAACUAUUUCUGACUUCCUGGAGAAGCUCAAUCAUCCUGUGAUGUCGGUGUCCUACAAAGAGGUCGAGGAGUUUGCUCCCCCAGGAAUUGCACUGUACCCAGGAAAGGCUCAGUUAUUAAGUUGUCAGCACCACUAUCAUGACUACAUUCCACCUGGUUUAACAGGCCAGAGUAAGGAGAACAACUGUGUAAUAGAGCAAGUCAUUUAUAGUGACCCAUACGCCAACCACACUAGACAUGCCUUGGUGGUUGAGGGUCCGACAGAUGUCCGAAACCGGGAGCUCUUAUUCCUCCAGUUCAGUCAAAAUGAAACUGAGGAGGACUUCAGUGCUAUCAGUUAUAUGCUGUUUGCUCAGUUCAGUGAUAUGACUGAAAGCUCAGACAAGGCUGCAUUUAUGAGGGAUUGUGAAAGGAAUUAUUCAAUGUGGACUUUCUCUGGUGGCUUUCGUACGUGGGUCAAAAUGUCUUUGGUCAGGACAUCUGGGAGAGGAAAUGAAUCUGUGGAAUUCAGGCAAGAGUCCAAUGUUGUGAAGUAUAACGACAGAAGGCCUCCACAAGAGAAAACGAAUGAGCUUUUCUUUGUCGUGUUCCAGUGGCGAGAUCCAUUCAUACAGCAAGUUAAAGACAUAGUCACAGCAAACCCCUGGAACACCAUAGCCAUUCUGUGUGGUGUCUUCAUGGCUCUUUUUAAAGCAGCAGACUUUGCUAAACUCAGUAUUAAGUGGAUGAUCAAAAUUCGCAAAAGAUCCAGGAGGGCGAAAAUUCGGGAAAUGAACCAAAUCAGCUGAAAAGAAUGUCAGCCUUGACAUCCAUUGUCAAACCUUUUCAAUAUUAAGUGAAUGAAUUUUAACUUUGAAGGACUGAACUGUUUUAUAAUUUUAUUAUGAACUUCAACACAAUUUUGAAUUAUUCUGCUUCACAUUUUGUUGGAUCAGUUUUAUUUGACAGUGUGAAAUCACUACUGAAAUUGUAGAAUAUGCUUCAUUGCAUAUAAAAAAAUAAAGGGACAGUGUGCAAUCAUAAAGACAGAUGACUGGAAAAUUAAAUGCCACACUGAUCUUAAUAUGGCAGCUGUCUUUUUUUUUUUCCUAUUUGACUUUCCCUUUGUAGAGUUACAUCUGAUACUUUUACAUCUGAGACAUCUUGUAGAGUUACAUCUGAGACAUCUUUUACAUCUUGUAGAGUUACAUCUGAGACAUCUUUUACAUCUUGUAGAGUUACAUCUGAGACAUCUUUUUUAGGGCAUAAGCUGAUAUUAAAAUGACUGAAAUAAU